AUGGCAGUUCGUGCAAAAAUACUAGUGAGGCUCAUAGCGGCAGAGGGUCUAUACAAGAGAGAUCUGUUCCGGUCGCCGGAUCCGUUUGCAGUACUCACGGUGGACGGAUCGCAGACGAAGACUACGGAAACGGCAAAAAAGACGUUGUCACCGCACUGGAACCAGACGUUCGAGUUCAACGUGACAGAGGGGUCGAUCUUGAUCAUCCAGGUUUUCGACCAGAAGAAGUUCAAGAAGAAGGACCAGGGGUUCUUGGGGGUGGUGAAUGUCCGGAUAGGCGAUGUGAUCAGUCUCGAGGACACGGCGAGCGAGCAGACCAUCACGGAGGAGUUGAAGCGGUCGAACUCAAACCUCAGUGUGUCGGGCAAGAUCGUGGUGACUGUUUCCCACCCUCCAUCGGGGGAUGCAGCCGAAAAUGGCAUUGCUAGUGGGGAAGCAUCACCCGAGUACUCGAGUAACGGGGCCCAGGGGCCGAGUGUGGGCCAGCAGUUCCCCGGUACGGCAGCCGCAGUGGCCCAGCAGGCGUCGCGGGCUCGGCCGGCGGCCCCCCAGCGGCAAUUCUCGUCGUUCGAGGACCAGUUGGGCCGGCUUCCGCCCGGAUGGGAGAGGAGGACGGACAAUUUUGGCCGGACGUACUACGUAGACCACAACACGCGGACGACGACGUGGAAGAGGCCGACCUUGGAUGCGUCGGAGCACCGUGGAGGUGAUGUUGCCCCCGGGGGAACGCUGGGGUCGCCCUCAAUACCGCAGAAUCCGGCAUCCUUGGCAUCUUUGGCCUCCCAGGCCUCCCAGCCACCCCAGGCAUCCCAGGCAUCGUCCCCCGGCGUGGACCAGGCGACGGCUAUGCAGAUGGCGGCGUCGGGAGCCACGGCUGCCGGGUUGGGUGAGCUUCCGCGGGGCUGGGAACAGCGGUUCACACCUGAGGGCCGGCCGUACUACGUGGACCACAACACGAGAACCACCACGUGGGUGGACCCGAGAAGGCAGCAGUUCAUCAAGAGCUUUGGCAGCAACAACGGGUACAACGCACAGCGGUUGUCGGCCCUGGGCCCACUUCCUAGUGGAUGGGAGAUGAGGUUGGCAAACACGUCUCGCGUGUACUUUGUAGAUCACAACACGAAGACUACGACGUGGGACGACCCUCGUUUGCCGUCCUCUCUCGACCAGAACGUGCCGCAGUACAAGCGGGACUUCCGGCGGAAGCUCGUGUACUUCCGGUCGCAGCCGGCCCUCCGGAUCCUACCCGGACAGUGCCACAUCAAGGUGCGGAGAAGCAACCUCAUGGAGGACUCGUACCGCGAGGUGAUGAGGCAGACGCCGGAGGACUUGAAGAAGCGGUUGAUGAUCAAGUUCGAUGGCGAGGAAGGCUUGGACUACGGCGGAGUGUCACGUGAGUUCUUCCAGCAGCUCUCGCACGAGAUCUUCAACCCGAUUUACUGCCUUUUCAAGUACGCGUCCAGUGACAACUACACGCUCCAGAUCAACCCGGACUCGGGCAUCAACCCGGAGCACUUGAGCUACUUUAAGUUCAUCGGCCGAACUGUCGGCUUGGGUGUAUUCCACCGCCGCUUCCUCGACGCCUUCUUUGUUGGUGCCAUGUACAAGAUGAUGCUCCACAAGAAGAUCCUGUUGCAGGAUCUCGAGAGUGUUGACUCAGAGAUGUACCGCUCGCUGUGCUGGAUGUUGGCCAACGACAUCACCGACGUCAUCUUCGAGACUUUCUCCGUUGAGGUCGACCACUUCGGCAAGAAAGAAGUCAUCGACUUGAAACCGGACGGACGCCACAUCGACGUCACCAACGACAACAAGAAGGAGUUCGUCGAGCUGAAGACCGAGUGGAUCAUCUCCAAGCCCAUCGAACAGCAGUUCAAGGCCUUUAUGGACGGCUUCAACGAGCUCAUUCCUGAGGAUCUGGUCCAGGUCUUCGAUGAGAGGGAGCUCGAGUUGCUCAUCGGUGGUCUCUCCGACAUUGACAUCGAUGACUGGAAGAGACACACCGAUUACAGGGGCUACCAGGAGUCUGACCAGGUCAUCGAGUGGUUCUGGAAGUGCAUUGCCGAGUGGGAGAGCGACCAGAGGGCCAGGUUGCUCCAGUUUGCAACCGGUACUUCCCGUAUCCCCGUUAACGGCUUCAAGGACUUGCAAGGUUCCGACGGACCGAGAAGGUUUACCGUGGAGAAGGCCGGCGAUCCCGACCAGUUGCCGAAGUCCCACACCUGCUUCAAUAGAAUAGAUCUUCCUCCUUACAAGGACUACGAAUCUUUGAGAAAGAAGCUCACCAUGGCUGUCGAGGAGACCGUUGGCUUUGGACAGGAAUGA